AUGGGACAAUCUACAAGCACUUUAAAUAGUGGUAUAAUACGUAAUAAUCAAACUAUAUUACCGGAUUUAAUAUGGAGAAAUGUUAUUGAGUUACUAUCAGAGAAUGAAUGUAGAAAGCAACGACAUCAAUGGAAUCCAUUGUCAUUGUCAUUGAUAUCACACUAUUGGUUAGUUAAUAUCAUUGCUAAAUCAACACUUAGAAUAACAACACUCAACAGUAAAUCACAAUUUAUUAUCGGCUUUCCAUUGACUUUUCAAAGAUCAUACCAUCAACUUAAUAACAACAACAAUAAUAAUAAUAACAAUAUAGAUAGAAAGUUUAAUAUCUCUAAAUUCACUUUGAUCUACAAAGGAAUCACCGAUGGUACAACUAAAAUAGAUACUAGCUCUUUAAUGUUCAAAUUGAAAAGCACGGUCGCAGCAAUCAUUGGUCAAUAUGAACAUAGAGGAGGUAAUAAAAUGGGACAAUCUACAAGCACUUUAAACAGUGGUAUAAUACAUAAUAAUCAAACUAUAUUACCGGAUUUAAUAUGGAGAAAUGUUAUUGAGUUACUAUCAGAGAAUGAAUGUAGAAAGCAACGACAUCAAUGGAAUCCAUUGUCAUUGUCAUUGAUAUCACACUAUUGGUUAGUUAAUAUCAUUGCCAAAUCAACACUUAGAAUAACAACACUCAACAAUAAAUCACAAUUUAUUAUCGGAUUUCCAUUGACUUUUCAAAGAUCAUACCAUCAACUUAAUAACAACAACAAUAAUAAAACAGUUGAUAGAAAGUUUAAUAUCUCUAAAUUCACUUUGAUCUACCAAGGAAUCACCGAUGGUACAACUAAAAUAGAUACUAGCUCUUUAAUGUUCAAAUUGAAAAGCACGGUCGGUGUUAAGCUUGGUGUAGACCGCUGCACUGCUUUCUUUCUGGUCGGUGGAAUCGUUCGCCGCUGUAGGAUUGCCUCUCAACCAGAAUAUAGAUUGUCUCUCGAUAAGCAACCAACUGAGGAAUCUAACUGUCUAUGCCACUCACGGACAUCUUUUCAAACUAAACAAUCUAAGCUCGUCUUUUCCUCUGCUGCAGAGACUGCAUCUCUGUGCAAACGAAAACUUUGGUAUUAUGACCAACCUGAUUCUACCACAACUGCACCGCAUGAAAUCGCUAACGAAUCUUUCGCUUGGCGACUACUUCACUGUGAUACCGAUGAUAGAUCCACAGCCGCUAACCAACAUUAA